AUGGCCAGAAACCACCAUCACGAAGAGGACGAGUUUGGGGAUGAUGAGAUUGCUGAGGAAACGCAGGAGCUGAUGCAAAUUAUCUUUGGAGAUCCGGAAGAGUGGAACGAUGUCAUUGAAACUGCUCCGAAGCAGAUGAGGCAAGCGUGUCGGGUUGCAAAAGAUAAGGCAGCAGCCCUGAGGCGGUACUGCAUUGAAGCAGGGCUCCUGAGACUCCCUGUCCGCACAAAGUCUGGAAAGUCAAGACAUACUCUUCCAAGAGAUGUUAACAGGAAGAGACGGAGUCUUGAAACCAGCUUGCAGAAGCUAUUUGCGAAGGGUCGCGCCAAUGGAGCAGGGGUGGAAGAGUUUGUGUGGGGCAUCUCUUAUGGGGAUGGCAGCAUCCGCAUCGGAUCUGAUGAAGUCCUUGCUCCCAUCUGGCAAAAUGAGGGUUACAUGGAGAAGGUCCGACAGCAGGCAAACACUUCAAAGUUGACCGCACAACAAUUCAAGGACAGCUUGCGGUCGGCAGACAUUGCCACUCUUCUUUCUAAGCACCUCUCUGUGCCGGAGCGGAAGGCCGCUGUGACAUCCCUGGGGCCAGUCUGCUCUCCCUCAAUGGCAGUCACAUCCUUUACUGCCGCCUUUGGGGCUGCAAGUGGACGCUUGGCAUGGUGGCCUCCGGCUGUCCCGCUCUCAAAAGCAUGGAAGCUGAAAGCUGAUGAGACCAUCGUUGUUCUCGAGGCGAUGGCACAAAACAUUGUGACACAUUUUGGGGCCGGCACAACCUUGUCAGAAGAAGAGCAGAAGCGCGGCUGCUUGGAGGUUUUCAAAAGGUGUGUGGUGGGCCCGCAUGUCGCCGCUGGCCUCAAGGGGUCCGACAGUCGGAAAGUGGCCAUAUUUGAGCUCAUUGGCGAGAAGGCUGUGAUGAUGUGGCAACUUCCUGCAACCAGCGGCCAAGGACAGGAAGGCGGCGACUCCGGCGCACCGAGUCAGUCCCCCGCGCCAAGACGAGUAAGGAGGACCAAGGCGCAGAUGGGUCCCCAGCCCUUUCCGUGCCCGCGCUGCGUGGGCGAGUACUCCACAGCGGCUGCCUUGAAAGCUCACCGGUGCAGAGCAAGAGCGGGUGCCCAGCCAUGCACCAAUAGCCAGACGGCAGCCCCCGCUGCAACAGCACAGGGAGCUCAUCGAACUGGGGGCACAGUGCCACCGUCCAACGGAUGGGAGCAGGAACAUUGGGAUGACGCUCCAGAUGGUGCCAUGGACGAACUUAUUGAGGAGGUGGAGAAAGACGCAGCACAAGGUACUACGGAGGCUCGGGAAGCGGUACGACCCCAAGUAGCCGCUACAGAGUUUCUACACUCUGUACAACAUUUCGCCGCACCAUACGAGCAGGACUCCAACGCCCCAUCACACCUCCUCCAGCUGCUCGGUGACCUGCUCGAUCAAGGUGACGUCAGCCGCAAGGUGUUGCACGUCCUGCACACCAUGCAAGGUGUUGGAACCGUCUCCACCCGGCUCCACAAAGCUGGUUUAGACGUGGCGGUGCCGACGGACACUUUGCUGGUAGAGGCGCACACGGAGACUGUGGUCCGGCAUCUCCGCGUUGGAUCAGGCAAUUGGCCAAGGUUCAUAGAGGAGUGCGAGUUGCUAGAAGACCUAGCCGAGAACAUGGGAGGAGAGCUUGCAGAACGAUGGUCAUGUCUCCAACGGGUCAUCUUGGAUCCAUCCGUGGCGAGCGAGGUAGUCGACAAGUUCAAUCGAGAUGCGGUAUUCGCUCUCCUGACAGCCUUUGUAGACCGCGCAAAACUUGCCCUCAGGAACCUAGACAAAGCCCCAAACGAAUCCGGGCACGGUAAUGUCAAAGAACGUCAGCUGCCCCCGGGGGCAGAUGCAGCGCAGGAGCAUGAGCACGGGCGGCGCCAGGACGACGGGCCACCACGUGCGCAAGCGGGAGCGGGCCAGCGAGACGGGGGGCGGAGUGCACAACCGGGCUCAGGCCAGCGAGAUGCGACGCUGAAUCCGCAUUCUGGGGGGGGCCAGAGUGACGUGGCAACGGCCGGACAGCCCAGGGGGGGCCGAUGCGACGACGAGCAGAGUGCGCGAUCGAGGGCGGACCAGCGCGACGCAGCGCCAAAUGCGCAGCGUGGAGGGGGGCAGAGACCCGGGGCGCCGAGUGCGCAGUCUGAUGGGGGGCAGGGACCCGGGGGCCCGAGUGCGCAGUCUGAGGGGGGCAGGGACCUGGGGCGCCGAGUGCGCAGUCUGAUGGGGGGCAGGGACCCGGGGCGCCGAGUGCGCAAACUGGGGGGGCGAAGAGACCCGGGGCGCCGAGUUCGCAGUCUGGGGCGGGGCAGGGGCCAGUGGCGCCGGGUACGCAGUCUGGGGCGGGGCAGGGACCCGGGGCGCCGAGUGCGCAACUUGGAAAAGACCAGCGAGACGCAGCGCCGAGUGCGCAGCCUGGAGGGGGGAAGUGGGACGCGGCGCCGAGUGCGCAGCCCGGGUGGAAGCGAAGAAAUGGCGCGCCGAGUGCGCACCCGGGAGCGGACCAGCGAGAUACGGCGCCAAGUGCGCAACCAGGGAGGGGGCAGCGCGGUGCGGCACUUGAAGUGCAACAGGGGGACAGCCAGCACGUAG